AUGAGGAAACUGACACCAAAAUUUCUCGGACCAUAUCAAAUUCUCAAAAAGAUUGGGCCAGUAGCUUAUGAGAUAGCAUUACCACCUGGAUUGGCAAAUUUGCAUAACAUUUUUCAUGUAUCCCAACUGAGGAAGUAUAUUCCAGAUCCAAAGCAUGUGUUGGAAGUUGAUGAAAUUCAGGCCAGGGAGAACUUAACAAUGAAGGUUGGACCAGUACGUAUACUAGAUGUUCAAAUGAAAAAGCUAAGAGGAAAGGAUAUUCGCACGGUAAAGGUACUUUGGAAUGAAGACACACAGGAAAUGACUUGGGAAUUAGAAGAAUUUAUGAUAAAAGAAUAUCCAUAUCUCUUAUGUUAA